UAUCUUCUUUUGUAUUGAGCAGAUGCCGAAAUUGAAUUUGUGACAAGUGAAAGGUGAGUAAAUAAUGACAUUUAAUUAUGGGGUGAACGGUCUAUUAAAAGAAUUAACUGUUUAUGUAAAAAAUACACUGUGUUUUAAUAAAAAAAGGAUCAUCAUAAGCAAAUAAUAAUCAUAAUAACCGUUAUUAUUAGUGUUAGUAGCGACUUUUAUUUUGACGUUUCACCUGCUCCGGCCAUUUUGGCUCCACGGUGGCUGGUUUCGCCCGCAGUGAGUUGGGCGGCUCAUGCAGGCAAACAUCAGCUGAGCGUUGUCCGUUCUGGCAUGAGUAAAACGCAGACAUUUACCGCAGUAAGAGAGUAAAAGUGUCCGUCAGCCAUGUGGAUCACGCCAGAGGAGGUGUUAUUAGCCAACGCGCUGUGGGUGAGCGAGCGCGCGAAUCCAUACUUCAUCCUGCAGAGGAGGAAGGGACACGGGCGCGGAGGAGGCAUCACGGGGCUGCUGGUUGGGACUCUGGAUGUGGUUCUGGACUCCAGUGCUCGUGUGGCUCCAUACAGGAUUCUGCAUCAGACGGGAGAGUCUCAGAUAUUCUGGAACAUCGCCUGUGGCUCAUCCCGUAAGGAGAUCACUGAACACUGGGAGUGGCUUGAGGCGAAUCUUUUGCAGACUCUGUCCAUCUUUGACAACGAUGAUGACAUCACUACCUUUGUUAAGGGCAAAAUACAGGGCAUCAUCGCUGAGGAGAAUAAAGGCGGGAAACCCCAGGAGGACGAGGAUCCUGGGAAGUUUCGUGAGGCGGAGCUGAAGAUGCGGAAGCUGUUCGGGAUGCCAGAGGAGGAGAAGCUGGUCAACUAUUACCCUUGCAGCUACUGGAAAGGCCGGGUCCCACGGCAGGGCUGGAUUUACCUGUCCGUAAACCACCUGUGUUUCUACUCAUUCCUGCUGGGCAAAGAGGUGUCUCUGGUGGUGCAGUGGACGGACGUCACUCAGCUUGAUAAGAACGCCACGCUGGUGUUCCCGGAGAGCAUCCGCGUGAGCACUCGAGACACUGAGCAUUUCUUCUCCAUGUUCCUCAACAUCAACGAGACCUUCAAGCUGAUGGAGCAGCUGGCGAACAUCGCCAUGAGGCAGCUUCUGGACAAUGAGAGCUUCGCAGCAGACCGCUCACUGCCCAAACCCGCUAACAAGACCCUCAAGAACGUCUCUGCACUGAAAAGGGAUCUGGAUGCCCGAGCGAAGAAUGAGCGCUACAGGGCUCUGUUCCGGCUGACGCAGGACGAGCGUCUGGACGGACACACCGACUGCACACUCUGGACACCCUUCGCCAAGAUGCACGUCGUCGGGCAGAUGUUUGUGUCCAACAACUACAUCUGUUUCACCAGUCGAGAAGAGGACCUGUGUCAGCUCAUCAUUCCACUCAGAGAGGUGACGAUCGUGGAGAAAGCGGACAGCAGCAGCGUUCUGCCCAGUCCACUGUCCAUCAGCACUAAAAACAAGAUGACCUUCCUGUUUGCAAACCUCAAAGACCGAGACUUCCUGGUUCAGCGAAUUUCUGACUUCCUGCAGCGCACGCCGGACGGGCCCUGUGGAGUCCUUCAGUCCGAGAACCCCAGUCCCAGCACGCCUCCGUCUCCUCCAGUGCUCAGCCUCUCAGAAUCAGCCCAGAUGCAGCACUACAGCCCCAGCCUGCCCACCGCCAGGAAGGGGCUCCUGCAGAUCUACCAGCAGGACGUCCCAGAGGAGCUCGGGCCCAAAGUGACGAGAGAGAGGAUGAAGGAGGAAUCGUGGAAGAUCCAUUUCUUUGAGUUUGGCCGUGGAGUGUGUAUGUACCGCACGUCUAAAACCAGAGAACUGGUGCUCAACGGCAUUCCAGAGAGUCUCAGAGGAGAACUGUGGCUACUGUUCUCAGGAGCUCAGAAUGAGAUGGCCACACACCCCGGUUACUACGGCAACCUGGUGGAGCAGGCGAUGGGGAGAUGCACCCUAGCGACAGAAGAGAUCGAGCGAGACCUGCACCGCUCCAUGCCGGAGCACCACGCUUUCCAGAACGAGACGGGCAUCGCUGCGCUCAGACGAGUGCUGACAGCUUACGCUUACAGAAACCCCGGCAUUGGAUACUGCCAGGCGAUGAACAUCGUGACGUCAGUGUUGUUGUUGUACUGCACUGAAGAGGAGGCGUUCUGGCUGCUGGUGGCGCUGUGUGAGCGGAUGCUGCCCGACUAUUACAACACUCGAGUUGUAGGAGCACUGGUAGAUCAGGGUGUGUUUGAGGAGCUGACGCGUGAGUGUUUGCCGCUGCUGUAUGAACACAUGCAGGAUCUGGGCGUGAUCUCCACCAUCUCGCUGUCCUGGUUCCUCACACUCUUCCUCUCCGUCAUGCCAUUCGACAGCGCUGUGCUGCUGGUCGACUGCUUCUUCUACGAGGGCAUCAAAGUCAUCUUCCAGGUGUCAUUAGCUGUGCUACAUGCUAACAUGGAUCAACUGCUGUCCUGUUCAGAUGAAGGAGAAGCCAUGACUAUUCUGGGCCGGUAUCUGGAUAAUGUUGUGAAUAAGCAGACCGUUUCUCCACCCAUUCCCCACCUUCACGCCCUGUUGACCAGUGGCAACAACCCUCCACCUGAGAUCGACGUCUUUGAGCUCAUUAAAGCGUCCUAUGAGAAGUUCGGGAGUCUGCGCGCUGACGUCAUUGAACAGAUGAGGUUCAAGCAAAGGUUAAAGGUCAUCCAGUCGCUUGAAGACACAGCCAAGAGGAGUGUGGUGAGAGCGAUCAUGACUGAGUCUGCUUUUACCAUCGAGGAGCUGGAGGAGCUCUAUGUACUUUUCAAGGCGAAGCACAUCAUGAGUUGUUACUGGGGUGCGAGCAGCACGCCGGCGGAGCGCCACGACCCGAGUCUGCCGUAUCUGGAGCAGUACCGCAUAGACUGUGGGCAGUUCGUCCAGCUCUUCUCGGCUCUGGCUCCAUGGAGCUGCGGCCUGCACACGCACACACUGUCCAGCCGCCUCUUCCGUCUGCUCGACCACAACAAAGACUCGCUCAUCAACUUCAAAGAGUUCGUCACCGGACUCAGUGGGAUGUAUCAUGGAGAUAUGACGGAGAAAUUGAAGCUCCUCUACAAGCUGCACCUGCCUCCGGCGUUGUGUCCAGAGGAAGCAGAGUCUGCACUGGAGGCCACACAGUUCUUCACUGAUGACGAUACACCUCAGGAUCCUCCCUUCCUGUCUCAUCUGGACUUCCUGGCACAGGAAGUGACCUCAGGUGAAGAGCUGAAGGAGGCUGGAGACUCGGCAGCAGCCGGAGACACAGACGAUAGGAAAGAGGAAAAGCCGAAGGACUAUAAAUACUAUCUGAGAAUGUGGGCGAAAGAAAAAGAGCCAAAGAAAAAGAGCAUCAAAGAUCUGCCCCGGAUGAACCAGGAGCAGUUCAUCGAGAUGUGCAAAACCCUGUACAACAUGUUCAGCGAGGAUCCGCUGGAGCAGGAGCUUUACCACGGCAUCGCCACCGUGGCCAGUCUGCUACUGCGCAUCGGAGAGGUGGGCAAGAAAUUCACAAACAACGGCAGCAAGAAAGCCGAAGCCCCGGCGGACGCUUCUCAGCCUGAAAAAGAAGACUCAUCUGGGGAGGGCGGAUCAGGGCUGUCCCUGGUGUCCAAGGCCCUGGCGGAGGCUCAGAUGGAGACACCUCCACCCACUGCCAAUGGAUCUGACGAGGAAGCAAAAGACGACACCUCCGUCUCAUCCUACUCUGUGGUCAGCGCUGGGUCGUUGCAGUGUGAAGAUAUAGCCGACGACACUGUUCUGAUUGGCUGUGUAGGCGGAGAAGGGGCAGGGCGUAGGCGGGGCAGCGCGCCGGAUGCUGAUUGGUCCAUCACGUUCGAGCAGGUUUUAGCAUCCUUCCUUACUGAAGCCUCAUUGGUCGACUACUUUGAGAAAAAGCACGACAUCCAGAGCAAGAUAACGGCAUGCAAAUCACUGAGAGCCGUGGAGAGACAGACAAGUUCAUCCAGCGAUCACGAUUUCUCUCUGAACACACACUGAUGAGGUAUUAAAGCAUGCAUGAACAUGUAAACACACACAUAUUCAUGCAAAGCAAAUGAGUGUGUGUGUGUGUGUGUCCUCGUGCUACAAUGCAGAAAUUGUGUUUUAUUUGUUAGCUCAGUGCAUUUGUCUUGCUUUCCAGUACUAAUGUGUUUACGUUCUUAAAGGGGUAGUUCACCUGAAAAUUAAAUUAAAAUGAAUGCAUCCGGAUUUUAAGGGACAGAUCACUUAAACAUGACCUCAUUGUUUAUUUCCACUCAUGUGGUUUUAAACCUUUGAGUUUUGUUCUUCUUAUUAACACAAAAGAAGAUGUUUUGAAAAAAUGCUGGCACUUAUUGACUUCCAUAGCUGGAUAUAUACUUCUAUGGAAGUCAAUUGGUGCCAAAAAGGUUUAAACAUCUCCUUUUGUAUACAUAGGAAGAAAAAAAUUAAUUGGUUUAACAUAUUUGGUAGAAAGAAGUUUCCUUUAGGUGAUGAUGAAGAGUUCACCUCAUAGUGUCUGUUUGCAUGUGGUUUUAAACCUAUGAGUUUCUUUCUUCUGUUGAACACAAAAUAUGUUUUGAAAAAUGCUGGCACUUAUUGACCUCCAUAGCAGGAUAUAAGCUUCUAUGGAAGUCAAAUGGUGCCAAAAAAGUAAAACAUAUCCUUUUCUGUUCAUAAAAAGAAACUCAUUUGUUUAACAUGUUUGGCAGAAGAAAGUGUCAUUUAAGUGAAGAUGAAGAGUUCACCUCAUAGUGUCUGUUUGCAUGUGGUUUUAAACCACUGAGUUUCUUCUGUUGAUCACAAAAGAAGAUGUUUUGAAAAAUGCUGGCACUUAUUGACUUCCAUAGCAGGAUAUCAGCUUCUAUGGAAGUCAAUAAGUGCCAAAAAAUGUAAAACAUAUCCUUUUGUGUUCAUAAGAAGAAAGAAAUUCAUUGGUUUAACAUGUUUGGCUGAAAGAAGUGUCCUUUAGGUGAAGAUGAAGAGUUCACCUCAUAGUGUCUGUUUGCAUUCACUUGAAAUCCAUCUUAAAGAGACAGUACACA